GACCUGUGAUUGACAGCUGGACAUUUUUCCUGUUCAAUCUCAGAGGAAAGUCUGCCAAAACUUUCCGACCCAAAACAAAACAUCACGGACGUCUCCUGCGGAUCCGGAUCCCGGAGUGUUUAUCUGGAUUAGAUCUCAGUCGGGUUCGGAACACUUCAGCGAGAUCUACUGGUUGGUAGACCUGGAGCCGGAUCUGAGGCCGGGGCUGGGGGGUGAUGGGGGGCAGCGGGAGAAGAUGCCCCCGGAGGAGGAGGCGGGAGCACACAGACGAGAGACGUACAACAUGUCCCGUCUGCGGAGCUCCUCUCUGGAGAUCAAGGAGAAGGGAACAGAAUUCCUCCGAGAGCAGCUGGAUGCUGCACAAAAGGAGCUGAAGUUGAAAGACGAGGAGUGUGUCAGACUGUCUCAUGUCAGGAAUCAGCUGGAGCAGGAAUUGGAGGAAUUGACCGCCAGUCUGUUUGAGGAGGCCCAUAAGAUGGUGCGAGAGGCCAACGUGAAACAAGCAGCAGCUGAGAAGCAGCUGAAGGAGGCUCAGGGCAAGAUUGACGUCCUGCAGGCGGAGGUCUCUGCUCUGAAAACCCUGGUGUUGACCUCUACGCCCUCCUCCCCGAACCGCCAGCUCCAUCCUCAGCUGCUUUCGCCGGGCUCCAGUCGGGCCUCGUCCCGUCCCGGGGGCCACACGCGCAACAAGAGCGCCAGCGGUGCCCUACAGCUGCAAACGGAGCCCACGCCGACAGAUGUAGCGUCAGACCGGGAGGACAAAGAGUUGGACUCGGUGUUGUUCGCAGAGUUCCUCUCGUGGAAGGAGGCGCCCAGUCUGGAUCGCUCCUCAGCGUUCAUCAGCAGGGUGUACAGGGAAGAUAUCGGGCCAUGUCUCUCAUUCACCUGCUCUGAGUUGUCUGAGUCGGUCCAGUGCGCAGUGGAGAACAACUCCCUCACCAUCGAGCCCAUCGCCAUGUCGACUCUGCACACGGUCAAAGCCCUCGAAAGGGGAGGACCCAACGGUUGCCGGACACCCAUAGAAACUAAAUGUGCGCUGAGUGGCAUGUCCCGCCCCUGCCGGCAUCGUAUCAAACUGGGAGAUAAAGAGAAUUACUACUAUAUUUCUCCAUCUAGCAGAGCACGAAUCACAGCCGUGUGUAAUUUCUUCACUUACAUCAGGUACAUCCAGCAGGGCCUCGUCAGACAGGACGUCCAGCAGAUGUUUUGGGAAGUGACGCGUCUGCGGAGAGAGAUGAGUGUGGCCAAACUGGGAUACUUUCUGACGGAGGAGAGCUAGAGAACCAGCACACAAACACAAAUACAGCACAGUCAUCUCAACGUUCACUCAAACACUCCCAUGCUGGGGUUUUCCAGCUCCAUAUUCCUGGAUGUAUUCAGGGAAGCACUACAGAAGAGUCCACGGAUAACACUUUCACUCUCCACAGGCUCUGUGUUGUUCUGGCUUUGGGAAAGACUGAAUGCAGUAAAUGUGCCACACUAUUAACACUGAGGUAAAUGUUUACAAGACGUUCUUAUUUCAAGAAGUCAACAACAGGACGUUUUUCCCAUUUACCGGUAAAAAGUCUCUGACAUGUGCAGACUCAUUUAGACUUUUUUAAAAGUUUCUAUCUCACACUUCUGACUUUUUUUCUCAUCAUUCAGACUUCUUCCCCCUCAGAAUUCCAAUAUAUCUCAAAAUUCUGAAUUUCUCUCAGAAUUCUAUUUUUCUGUUUUUGCCACACAAUAAACCUCACACUUCUCAAUUUUGUCUUGCAGUUUUCAAGUUUAUAUCCCACAAUUUUGACUUUGCUUUUCAAAAUUGCUAUUUACUUCUCACAUUUGAGUGUUUGUCUCCAAAAAAAUUUUUUCUCAGAAUUGCAAUUGAAUUGUGAGAUAUAAACACAACACGUGGCAGAAAAAUGCUUCCAAACCGACAUUUAACUUGCCAUUUGCAAAGCUGAAAAUUCAGAGUCAUCCAUUAAACACGUGACGGCAGAGUUCAUAGCUUGAACCCUCGAAUGUUUUCAGCUCAUCUAGUGUUCCUCAGUUCAGAAAAAUAUCAACAGACAUUGAGUUGUUGUUUUUUUAAUUCUAGAAAGAUAGUAUAAUAAUUGGCUUGUAUAUGAAGAAGUCUUAUGUUGUUUUCGCUCUUGUUGGAACAUAAAAAGGAUGAUAUUCCAACGUCCUGUAUGUUCCUCAAAUCUUUUAACAACAAUUCACUACCAGUUUGACGCAGACUGAAUGCUUAUGCUAGUUGGAAACUCAUAAUUAUAUUAAUUCCAACAACAGAAUCCGUUCUGGUGUUCUAAAGCAGUGCUAGAACUACUGCACCAUCAUGUGCAAUGCAUACACCACUACGGCGCUUGUGUAUCAGUGAUUUCUGUGCACGUUAACGGUUUACAGCUUUGAAUGGACAAUCCUCCAGAGAUCUUUUCUAUGCAGAAAAGUGGCGUGUGAGUCUGUUACUGACGCUCCUGCAUGCAGCAGCACUUAUGUUAUGGAUGCUUAACCAUCGUACACAAGUUAUGGUACUUGUACCAUGAUGCAUCACACUCCGUAUUCUAGAUUAUAACUGUUGCAUGAUUGACAAUCGCUGUCUUACGGCACGAAUACAGUGUUUACAGUGUAGAACUCACUUGUGGUGGACUGUCAUAUUUAAUUUGAUAUGUGUGAAAACAUGCUUUCAGUAGGUUGUAUUUUCUGUUUUGUCUCGUUUUUUAACUGGAAAUGUUUUGGAAAUAUAUUUUGUCAGCAUUGUUUUCAUUCGUGACACAUUAAAUUUGGCGUCUCCCCUCAGGUCUGUUGCCUCAUCUUGUUAAAAUGACCUUUAAACUCCAUUAAAAGCAUCUUCAGAA